CUUGUCUUUUAGGUGUAACAGAAGACCCCAAGCUCCUCGCCAAAGAUAAAGAUGCUGCACCAUUGCCUGCUGAGCGUGCUGGUUCUGUGUGCAACAGCCAGUGAGGACUUUGACUGGACCAGGAACGAAAAGACGUCGUUCUUCUAUGGAACCUUUCCAACAGGCUUCUCCUGGGGCGCCGGCAGCUCGGCCUAUCAGACUGAAGGAGCCUGGAACGCAGACGGAAAAGGAAUGAGCAUUUGGGAUACUUUUGCCCACAAAAAGGGGAAAAUAUUCCUGAAUGACACCGGAGACUCAUCAUGUGAGGGCUACUACAAAUUUAAGGAUGAUAUAAACUUAAUGAAGGACAUGAAGUUGAACCAUUAUCGUUUCUCCAUCUCCUGGCCAAGGAUUCUACCGACCGGACUGAAAAGUGAAAAAAUCAACGAGAGAGGAAUCAAAUAUUACGAUGACUUGAUCAACAUGCUGCUGGACAAUAAGAUCACUCCUGUUGUGACUCUGUACCACUGGGAUCUACCACAGGUGUUACAGGAGAAGUACGGUGGCUGGCAGAACGUCACCAUGGUCAACUACUUCAACGACUUCGCCAACCUUUGCUUUGAGAGGUUUGGAAACAGAGUCAAGUAUUGGAUCACCUUCAAUAACCCCUGGUCUAUUGCGGUGGAAGGAUAUCAAACAGGAGAACACGCUCCUGGACUGAAGCUGAAGGGCACCGGAGCGUACAGAGCUGCUCACCACAUCAUCAAGGCACACGCCAGAGUUUGGCACACGUACGACAUGCAGUGGAGGGGCAAACAAAAAGGCCUUGUUGGGAUCUCUCUGACAGCUGAUUGGGGGGAACCAGUGGACAGCACCAACCAGAGGGACAUCGAAGCAGCAGAGAGAUACAUCCAGUUCUACUUGGGAUGGUUUGCUACGCCCCUCUACAGUGGAGACUAUCCCCAGGUUAUGAAGGAUUACAUUGGCAGGAAGAGCGGUCAGCAGGGCCUCGGAGCGUCUCGGCUGCCCGUCUUCUCCCCUCAGGAGAAGAGCUACAAUAAGGGAACCUGCGACUUCCUUGGCCUCGGACACUUCACCACCCGUUACGUCACCAUGAAGAAUUACCCAUCAGGUGUCGGGGACAGCUACUUUGCAGACCGUGACCUCGCAGAGCUGGUUGACCCACAGUGGCCUGAUCCCGGCUCUGAAUGGCUCUACUCUGUUCCCUGGGGUUUCAGACGCUUGUUGAACUUUGUCAAGACUCAGUACGGGAACCCCAUGAUCUACGUGACAGAAAACGGCGUGUCAGAGAAAAUGCUCUGCACCGACCUCUGUGACGACUGGAGGAUGCAGUACUUCAAGGAAUACAUCAACGAAAUGCUCAAAGCGGUUAAAGACGGUGUGAAUGUGAAGGGUUACACAGCCUGGUCUCUCCUCGAUAACUUUGAGUGGGAUGAAGGAUACUCAGAGCGGUUUGGACUUUACUACGUGGACUUCAGGAACAAAAAUAAACCACGCUACCCCAAGGCCUCUGUCCAGUUCUACAAACGCAUCAUCAGCUCGAACGGUUUCCCCAACCAGAGAGAGGUGGAAAGUUGGAAAAGGAAAUCCAUAGAAACCUGUUCCUCCAGUAACCAGCUCCUGGCAGCAGAUCCACUGAUUGGCCACAUGGAGAUGGUGACGGAGAUCGUGGUCCCCACAGUUUGCACGCUCUGCAUCCUCCUCAGUGCCGUCUUACUCAUGUUCCUGCUGCGUGGACGCCUCUGAUUGGACACAGAAACAUACACAUUAAUCUGAGAGUGACUUUAAAGCUGUAAAAGCCUCAAACUGUCCAGAGCAUGUGUUCAUUUCACUGUCUGCUAUUCUGUUUUCAAAUAAUCAGGUUGUACCCUUCGAGACAGAGGAGCUGCA